AUUCUAUAUUACCUCGCAAAGAAAAUGCGUUUCUACGUUCUCAACGUUGUUUUCGCUGCUUUGACAGCAUCUAUGGUUGUCAGCGCAUGUGGGACCAUAUAUGAAAUUUGCCAAACAAGCGCCGAUUGCUGCACUAACUUGCAUUGUGACUAUAUUAUGGUGAGUAUGAGCCAUUGUACAACCAGGACUCAAUUACAUGACUCCCCAGUGCCAGCCUUAGUGCACCUUGCCACCCAGCCGACAGCCCGAGCGGCACAUGGGACAGUGAGCCAUAUUUCUGCUUUCGCUUUGGUAUCAUGUUUGAUGGUGCAAGUUGCAACACAUAGUUCGGAGCCAAUCUGUACAGUUGUUUUUGAACAUACUGUUCGAGCAAUGUGAA